AAUCAAAUCGCCUACGUAUACUGUACACGCUUCCCGCAUCGACCGACAUCUCAAAUCUCAAAUUUUAAAUCUCUCUACUACGUUACCACCUGUUUGUUCAUCGGCCACUCGCCGCUCCGUCCCCCACACGCCCGCCUGCCGCGGCCGCCGCCCACAACAGUCAAUCGGGAAGCAGCAGGCCGCCCGCCCACCUUUUCCCCUCGGACCAAGAUCUGGUGGCUCCCUCCGCCCAGAUCUCCCAUCCGUUCACGCCGGCGGCUGGUUGCCAGACGGGAUUCUUGCGGCUAAUCGCUGUAGCUCAUGCAAGCCCCGGGUAAUAUUCCCGCCAAACAACGACCGACACCACUCGUGUGUGCACCGGCAGACAUCUCCCGGCCCGGCCCUGCUGCCCGGCCCACGGAGCCCGCGACCCCAUGGCCUCACAGUCCUCCGACGACGUCGAAGCCUUUGCGCACAGGCCCGCCUUCCGGGUCCGCUCCGAGUUUGGCGGCGCCAGGCAGUGGCGAAGCCGCAAGAGCCGCCCCUGCGACGCCUGUCGCCGCCGCAAGACGGCCUGCAUCAUCGAGACGUCUCCGCCAUGCCGCUUCUGCGAGUCGCGAGGCAUCCCGUGUGAAGCCAGCCAGAGGUCUCCGCCGACUCGGAGAAGGCCCGGCCGUCCUGAGGUCGCACUCAGUCCCGAGAGCUUGGUCGCCCGGGAUGGCAUUGACGCAGGACCCUCGACCGCCCCCGGCAACGCUGCGACCUUCACGUCGCACCGCAUGCCGGGACCAGCCCUUGCUGCCGAGGUACCGCACCAUAGCCGGCACAGCCAGAGCACGUCCGAAGGCUACGGCCCCGACGCUGCUGCCGUCCUGCCAUCGCCUCAGACGAAUCCAAGUGAUCAUGGCAGCGAGUUAUCUGAGAAGCCCGUGGCCAACGCGCCGCCGCCCGAGACCCGUCGACCCGACCCAGCCCACGGGUCACGCGACCCGUCCGUCCUGACCCUAGAGGAUGGUGAGAGGCGGCAUGCUCACUGCAUCGGCCUAGCAGGCGAGCAAGACACGGAUCUGCUCGCCUCGUUCCGCUCCGUCAUCGUCAACGAGACCAACAAGGUCGAUGCUGGCGUCGUGCAGGUCUUCGCCGGAAACCCGCUGCAGGGGGAACCUCCCGUCCACUUCAACAUAGUCAUGGACGACUUCAUUCCGCACGAUAACAUCGCCAGAGAUAUGGCGUCCGACGCCAUCGAGAGCCUGGCUGGGCGCCAUGGCCCGAGGCUGGUCUCGCUCUACUUUCAGCACGUCCACCCUGCCAAUUGCAUUGUCUCCAAGGCCCGCUUUCUUCGAGCUUACGCAAAGGACAAGCUGUCGAUCCCCGCCUCGCUGCGCGGUGUGGUCUACGCCCUCGGCGCCACGUUCUGGCACCACGAUCCGAGCCCGCAUCAAGAAGUCCUGGCUCUCGACCUGCGCACGCUCCUCGAGCAAGCUCACUACUCCCUACACAGAGAAUACCACGCGCCAAAUUUGUGGAACCUCCAGGCGUCCCUGCUCCUUGUUCACGAGAGACCUGGACACACCUAUACCAUGGAAACGCCGCGGACCUGGGUGCUCUCCUCGUCAGCCGUGGCGUCGGCGCAGAUGGUGGGCCUUCACCGAGAACCAAAGCUAUGGAGCAUUGCUCCCUGGGAAAAAAGCCUUCGGAGGCGAUUGUGGUAUGCGACGUACAUGACUGACGUCUGGUCGUCUGUCUGUCACGGCAACCCCCCUCACUUGCAUACAAGCUCCUUCACCACCACCCCUCCGCAAAUAGACGAGAUGUCGAUCGAUGAGGACGUCGAGGACCACUUGAAACAUCUUGUGGAUCCGUCGAGCUACUCGCCCAACAUCACUGCGAGCGCUCGUUUUGUCGGAGCCAUUAAGCUCACGCACAUACUCCAUGACCUUUUGGACUUUUCCUAGUAAGCCAUGUUGCGCUCCCAUGGCUACUUCGGCCGCUGAUCGUAUCUGCCUCGUACUUGCCAGCUCCGACAAGUCAUACAAAGAAGCUGCCACCGACCAUGCAGCUCGGGAGACGAGACUGCUGCACGUACAGAGAGCACUGGAGACUUGGCUAUCCUUACUGCCGAGCUGUCUCAGCCGAGCUAACAUCGCUUCCAGUCAGGGAUCUAGCAACAUUGCAUCCUUGCAUUUGGCCUACUUUGCCGUCAAGACGCUAUUGUACCGGUCGUUGAUGUGGCCUGUUAGCAUGGCCGCGAAGCGCGACCCGUCAUCCGCACUUCGUCGCUACUUUGACAAGGCCGUUGCCGACUUCCACGAGUUUGCGGGCCUUAUUGAGAGCAUCAACUCUCAGUGCCUACAUGGCUUCUGGGGGGCGCAUGCUCGAUCACACCUGGUUUUGAGCGGCAAUUUCCUCAUCUACCUGUUCCUCACGGCCCCGACGCCCGACGAGGUGCAGUCCACGUUUAGACUCCUUGAGAGCGUACACACGUCUCUCAAGCGGCUGCGCGGAAUUGCAAGCAACGAGGAUGCCGUUGCCCUGCUGCGGCCUGUCGUGCUACGGAUGGACACGCUCUUCACACAAGCGUCACGGAUAAUGAGCUCGGGGUCGACAGACCUCCGAGAGAUUACGCUGUCGGGUGUGCAGAUAUGAGGAGUUACUUUACUUCGAGUGAUACCCCAAACCCAUGGACUCAGAAACAAGACGAUGAGGCGCCUAAUGUCAAAUGAAAGGUAUGCCUGGCCGCCCUCGCGUCAAUGGGGACACCUGCAUGGCCAGAAUGAGGUUGGCUGGCAGACAACGUCUCUCAGCGCUCAACCGCAUCGUUACCAUAGGACAAGUAGCACGUUUAAGCUGCCACAUGCUGAUGUGUAUCAUGGCCACCGAUGUUGUUGAACGGGAUCCUAGCCGGAGAACGAGGAAUCGUGCCAAGCGUCGACCGCAACACGACGAGCAGUGUGGUUGCUGGGACGUGUGGCUACCAGGCAACGAGGAGAUGCCCGUUGGGUUCUUCCAAAGUAGGAGCCGGCUUUACGGUUCGCAUCGCAUUGCAUCAGCAGGUCUGAGCAGGCCCAACGUGCAGAUUGCGCGACCUAUCCGUGCGGGCAAUGUUCCAGUACUUUCCUCGUUGGAGGACUGGCACGGUUACGGCGGACCCAUCGCGCGCGGAGGAUGAGCCGCCGGCCAACUCGAGAUAGUUUACCGACCUCGUUUGUCAUAAAGGACGGCCAUUGGGGCAACUGGGCCGGGCGCGUCUUGGCCGGCUUGGGCAUCCUGGUCAUCCGGUAGGCUACUACCUACGUGGCUCAUCGCUGUCGAUGGAAACCCCGCUUAAAAGCGCCACGGCUCGGGAGGUGUCGAUCGUGCCUGGGUUCUGCGGCGGCGGCGACGACGGGCGUGGGGCGCGGAGGAU